AUGGACGUCUAUGGUGGAAACGAUGAGGAGAGCACAGAAUUGCGGAAGCUUCUUGCGGAAGUGAACGAUGAUCCUGACAACUUCGAGGUCUGGGAGAAGCUCGUACGAACCGGCGAGUCUUUAGAAGGAGGAAUCAACAGAAACUCGAGUUCUCAGGCUAUCACUGCUGUUCGGAAUGUAUACGACCGCUUCCUCGGAAAGUUUCCUCUAUUCUUCGGCUACUGGAAGAAAUAUGCCGACCUUGAAUUCUCCAUAGCUGGCACAGAAGCUGCGGAAAUGGUCUAUGAACGAGGUGUCGCAAGCAUCACCAAUUCAGUCGACCUGUGGACAAAUUACUGUUCGUUCAAGACCGAAACCAGCCACGAUUCCGACAUUAUUCGAGAGCUUUUCGAGCGAGGUGCCGCCUGUGUUGGUCUGGACUUCCUUGCCCAUCCUUUCUGGGAUAAAUACAUCGAGUUUGAAGAACGGAUGGAAGCAUCCGACCGGAUAUUUGCCAUUUUGGGCCGGAUCAUACACAUCCCAAUGCACCAGUAUGCUCGCUAUUUCGAAAAGUACCGGCAGUGGGCUCAAACGCGACCGCUGACUGCUAUUGCCCCGGCUGGAACCCUGACUCAAUUGCAAAUGGAUAUUGAGAAUGAGGGUGCCGGAUAUAAAGCUGGCCGAAACCAAGCUGAAGUUGAAAGAGAGCUCCGUGCACGCAUCGAUAAUUACCAUCUUGAGAUUUUCAGACAGACACAAACCGAGACGACAAAGCGGUGGACCUACGAAUCCGAAAUCAAGCGACCUUAUUUCCAUGUCACGGAGUUGGAUGAAAGUCAACUCGCCAAUUGGCGGAAGUACCUCGAUUUCGAGGAAGGCGAAGGGGACUACACGCGCAUUCAGUUCCUGCACGAGCGAUGCCUAGUCACCUGUGCUCAGCACGAUGAGUUCUGGUUGCGGUAUGCUAGAUGGAUGCUUGCUCAGCCAGGCAAGGAAGAGGAAGUGAGAAACAUCUACCAACGCGCGUCAUGCUUCUUCGUUCCUAUCGCCCUGCCACAAACACGACUUCAGUAUGCUUAUUUCGAAGAGAUGACUGGCCGAGUCGAUGUGGCCAAAGACAUUCACGAGGCUAUCUUGGUGAAUUUGCCAGGCCAUGUAGGGACUAUAGUCUCACUGGCCAACUGUAACCGUCGCCAUUCCGGACUGGAAGCAGCCGUCGCAGUCUACCAGGCACAAAUCGACCUACAGAUCGAUCCCUCUUCCAAGGCAGCGCUUGUUUCAGAGUGGGCGAAAUUGUUGUGGAAGGCGAAGGGCUCAGCCGAAGAAGCUCGCCAAUUAUUCCAGAAGAAUGCGCACUUGUACCAGCAGAGUCCGGAAUUCUGGACAGCCUAUCUCCGCUUUGAGAUUGAUCAGCCGUCGAGCAGUGAAUCCGAGCACACACACUACGACCAGAUCAAGCGAGUGGUGGAUGAGAUCAUGGGGAAGAAGGCACUACCUGAAACCACCGUCCAGGAACUGGUCACAAUGUACAUGAAAUAUUUGCUGGAACGAGGCACAAAGGGUGCUGCAAAGGAGUACAUGAAUCUCGAUCGAGAGAUCAACGGGCCCGAAUCGGUGCAGAAGUUGACAAAGACGCAUGCUGCAUCUGAUCUGGGAAAAGCUGCUGGACUGGUCAAUGGACAGCCGCCAUCGAUGAGGUACCCCUGA